AUGUCAGGAAGAAAGAAGACUUUGUUAAAAGUGAUUAUAUUAGGAGAUUCGGGUGUUGGGAAAACAUCUUUGAUGCAACAAUUUGUUAAUAACAAAUUCUCCCACCAGUAUAAAGCAACAAUUGGGGCCGAUUUUUUGACGAAGGAAAUUACUAUUGAUAAUAAUAAACAAGUAACAUUGCAAAUUUGGGAUACAGCCGGUCAAGAAAGAUUCCAGAGUUUAGGGGUUGCGUUCUAUAGAGGUGCAGACUGUUGUGUGUUGUGUUAUGAUGUUACCAACGAAAAGUCGUUGAAUAACUUGUCUUCGUGGAAAGACGAAUUUUUGAUUCAAUCGAACGUAAGCAAUCCCCAGGACUUCCCGUUCAUUAUAAUAGGUAACAAGAUUGAUGUUGAUGACUCGAAGAAAAUUCCAUCGUUGCAGAAAAAGUUGAACAAUAUAACUAACAACCAAUUGGGCGGAUUGAACUACCCAGUAUUUGAAACCAGUGCUAAGGACUCGAUUAACGUCGAGCUGGCAUUCGAGGUGGUUGCCAAGAUGGCAUUGCAGCAGGAAGAGUUGAAUGACGCCAAUGGUAAUGAUGUGAGCGACGACUAUAACGAUGCUAUUAAUAUUCAUUUAGAGAACGACGCAGGCGGAUGUGCGUGCUAG